AUGAGAAUCCGCAAAUGUGAGCGCGUGCGGAAGCCUAGGCCCUGGGCCCCGGAGGAGCUGGAGUUGAGCCGGAGCAGCAGCUCCUCUGAAGGACAGCUGAACGGGCAUCUUGAGAAGGGACACAGAGAGCCCUGCCAGGGCUGUGGAGGAGGAAGCCUCAACACCAGUCUGCCUGCUGUGGAAGAAAGGUCCCUGUGUGAGGACUGUGACUGCAGCUCCUGUCUUCAGCACGCCCUUCAGGACACCAUCACCUGGCUCUCAGUCAAGGAGGAGGAGCUGGCCCAGCCCUGGCCACUAGGGGGCGAUGUAGCAGCACUGCAACAGCAGAGAGAAGGCCUCCAGCUCUUUGCUGAGGAGGUGAAGUCCAGAGGUCCCUGCAUCUACUCUGUGCUGGAGUCCGCCCAGGAGUUCUUGUCACAGUGUUCUUUGCCGGACUCAGAGGAGGCAUUCAACACCCACGAGGGCGGCCCUUACCAGGAGGGCGCCCGGUGUGUGUGGCAGCAGUCUGGUGUGGUGGGGGCGCUCUGGGAGCAGGUGGCGGAGCAGUGCUCGGCACGGGAGAGGCAACUGGAGGAAGCCCUGGUCCACAUGGAGGACCUGCAGGCCUCGAUGAGCUCCCUGGCCCUGGAGCUGGAGGAGGCGCUGGGGGUGCAGGAGGCCUGGGAACCCCUGGGGGAUCUUCUGGUGGAUGCUCUGCAGGACCACAUUGAUGCCAUAAAGCUGUUUGAAGAGGAGCUGGCGCCCGUGGGCGAGGCGAUGAGGCGGGCAGACGAGCAGGCCCAGCAGCUCAACGUGUGGAGGGUGCAGCUGUCCCCCGAAAACACCCAGGCCUUGCAGCAGCUCAGCAACCACUGGAGAUUACUGCAGGACUCCAUUGGUUUCAGACUCAGGGACCUACAGGAUGCUCACGGAAGCUUUGGUCCCAAAUCCCAGCACUUUCUCAUGGGGUCGGUGCAAAGACCAUGGGAACGAGCCAUAUCGCCCAACAGAGUCCCAUACUACAUCAAUCACGAGGCUCAGACCACCAGCUGGGAUCACCCAAAGAUGACCGAGCUCUAUCAGGCUAUGGCUAAUUUGAACCACAUCCGUUUCUCUGCCUACAGAACUGCUAUGAAGCUAAGGCGAGUGCAGAAGACCUUAAGAUUGGACCAGAUGAAGCUCAGCGCUGUGGCAGCCGUUGGUCCUAAAGCAGAGCCCCAGGACCGGACCUCUGAGGUCACCGGUAGGGCAGAGGUCAUGGGCUCAGAGGUCAUGGACGUGUCGGAGGUCAUCCACGCUCUGGGCGCCCUGUACGAGCAGCAGGAAGAAGAGGGCGGCCUGCAGCUGAACAUCCCUCUCUGUGUGGACAUGUGUCUGAACUGGCUGCUCAAUGUCUAUGACAGUGGCCGACUGGGGAAACUACGUGUCUUGUCUUUCAAGACUGGCCUGGUGUGCUUGUGUAAUGCUGAUAUGAAAGAAAAAUGCAAAUACCUGUUCCAGCAGGUGUGUGGCGGGGACGGGCUCAGUGACGGCACACACCUGACGGCGCUGCUGACGGAGCUCAUGCUGAUCCCACGGCAGCUGGGCGAGGUGGCGGCGUUCGGAGGCAGCAACGUGGAGCCCAGCGUGGCCAGCUGCUUCCGCAUGGUCCCAGGCAAGGCGUCGGUGGGCCUGUCUGACUUCCUGGAGUGGAUGGGUCUGGAGCCGCAGUCUGUGGUGUGGCUGCCCCUGCUGCAGCGCGUCACCCAGGCCGAGAGCACCCGGCAUCAGGCCCGAUGUUCCGUCUGCAAGCAGAGCCCCAUACAAGGAUUCAGGUACCGCAGCCUAAAGGAGUUUAAUGUGGACAUCUGCCAGUCCUGCUUCCUGUCUGGAAAGGCACUCAAGGGCAAGACUCUGCAUUAUCCAAUCAUUGAGUACUACACACCUAGCACAUCUGGAGAGAAGAUGCGGGACUUUGCAGAGACUCUGAAGAAUAAGUUCCGGUCGAAGCAGUACUUCAGUAGACACCCACAGCGAGGAUACCUGCCUGUGCAGGCCGCUAUGGGGCCGGAGAGGGACGUAAGCACCCCAACGUCGUCCCCAAAGCUACCCCAUGCAGACACUCACUUCAGAAUCGAGCACUUCGCCAACAGUUGUGAAUGUACGGCAAGUGACGAGGAUCAGUACCCACUGGGUCCCGGGUCAGAGAUGGAGCAUCCCCACCUCCUCAGCUACACCGGCAGGGAGACCCAAGAGGAGCUCCAGCAAACCCUCGCCAUCCUGGAGGACCAGAACAGAAUCCUGCAGAGGGAGUACCGGCGCCUCAGAUGGCAGCAUGCCGAGGCAGCCCAAGCCGCUCCUCACAUCGGCGGAGACGGGAGCUCGUCUGGGUCAGGGGGUUCUCCCAGGGGGUCGUCCGGGGGUCAGGAGGAAGCGCUGCUGGCUGAGGCGAGGGUCCUGAGGCAGCACAGGGGCCGACUGGAGACACGCAUGCAGAUCCUGGAGGAGCACAACCAGCAGCUGGAGUCUCAGCUCCUCCGGCUCAGGACACUGCUGCUCCAGCCCAGGGAUGACUCAGAGGACAGCGUGUCAUCAGACAGCCAGUCAGCGGUUCACUCCCCCUCACUCAGGAGGAGAGAGCAUCUGGGCAGACAGCCAAGCACAGGCACCUCUGCUGGAGGGAAGCUGGCAGAGCCUGAUCCACAGCAGACAGAUACAACCUACAACCUCCAGCAGGUGAUCGAACAGCUGCGCGCUGUCUUCCCGUCUGAGAGUGGCUCACCAACACCUUUAUGAAGAGUCUGGAAGAGGGGAGCUGUUCUAAAUAAGGGCUUUGAAUCACAAAGAGGAAACCUCAUCUUCGUCCUCAUCUUCAUCCUCAGCGGCAGAGACACACCAGAGCAGAAACAGGGCAGAGCAUUUACAAUCACCAUGUGACUCAGAGGGGAAAUGUGGUGAAAUAUCUAAAUACAUAAGUGCAAGAGUUAUAGAAUAUGUUGUCGGUAGUCUUCGGACUGUCUACUAAAACGUGCCAAGCAAGGUCUCUACUACAAUUAUGUUUGUAAAUUCAUGUGCAAAUCAACUGCCAAAACAUAAAUGAUAUACCUCGAUAAUUAAUGAUUUCUGAAAAUGGAUGAUGAAGUGCUAGUGUGUUAUUAUUUUGAUGAGACAAUCACACCUGUGUUUUACUCAUGUAGGCCUACUACGUAACCUACAAUAGACUAAACACACACACAAGGAAGUAUCUUUUUUCUAUUUCAAACACAGAAACUUUGUCUUUGUGCUGAUGAUUAUGCUUUUAUUAAAUGAAGUGAGGUCUUUACAUGGGAGGUUAUAGCACUGAACUCUGUAACACACUGUGUAAAGCAUAUGGGACUCAUUUAUGAAUAAAUCUUUUGA